AUGAGUAGUUUGGAAUCAUCUCCUCGAAAUUCUCUUAAUAUUGUUGAUAUUCUAGAAAAGUACAAAUAGAAAAAGGCUAUUAUGAGUCCUCUUCCUCUAGAAUCUUUUUAAUAAAUUGUUUAGGAAGCUGGAUAAGAAUUACUUCAAUAGCAUCCAGAGGGGGAUAAUUCUCAUUUUAUUUCAUUCAAGUAGCUUAAUUAAGAUGCCAUAGAUGAGUUAUAAAGAUCACUUCAUUAAUCGAAAAUUAUGUGGAAUAAUUUUAGUAGGGCUUUAUUUGCAGCAAGUCCUAUUGAAAAAAAAAAUAGUUCAACAAAAAUGGAAUUGUUGCAUAAUAGAGAUGCAUAUUAUCGAAUAAAGAGAUAAAAUGAAAUUUAAUUAAAGUUGCAAUUAGAUGGAAUAAAUAAAGAAUAUCAAAGAAUACAUAUUGAAACAUAAGGAGUGAAAUCAUAUCCAUCUAUCUCAACUAAAGAUCAAUUUCGUUAAUAAUAGAUUAAGAGAUAAUUAUAAAUGGGAUGUUGUUAAGAACUGGUACGUUAGGAAACUGAAUUUAUUAAAUAAUAAAUUGAACUUACAAAAUCUCGAUUAAUUAAUGAGAUCAAGAAAAUUGUUGUUUAUAUUUAUACGAAUUAAAAUAAUGGUUGGAAUCCUUCAUCAAGAGAGAGUAGUGCAAUGGUAAAUUAUAAUGAGUAACUAUAUCUCUAUGGAGGAUCAGGAGCUGGAUAUAUAAGUGAUCUUUGUUAAGCAACAUUUGAUAAAUGUAUUAUAAUUUUUAUAAUAGAAUUCUAUAAAUGGACUAUGAUAAAAUUAAAACAAUUAAUAUAAUGUAGAUCAUACCAUACAGCCAAUUUAUAUAAAAGUUAAUUGAUCAUUUUUGGUGGAAUUUAAAACUCACCACUUAAAGAAGAUAGGAUUCAUUGUGAAGUAACAAAUGAAGUUACUCAUAUUAAUUUAGUAAAUUAUGAGAUAAAGAAUGUACUACAUGCUGGUAUAGUAUCUCCAAGAAAGGCACAUAUUGCAGAAGUUGUUGGGAAAUAUCUAAUAGUUUAAGGUGGUAUAGAUUAAAAGGGUUAAUAUUUGAAUGAUUUCCUUGCCUAUGAUAUUGUAACAUUAAGAUGGUAAAAUAUAGAAAUUAAUGCUCCAAUAUUUUAAGAUGGUAUUGCAUUCCAUAAAUCUUGUUGUACUUUAGAACAUAAAUCUAUUGAUAUUUAUAAACAUGAUCCUGAUAUGACUUAUGAGAACUAAGGCAUCUAUAUCUUUGGUGGUCUAGAUUCUAAUGGACAUUAUUUAGAUAAAUUAAUAAAAAUUGAUGUUAGAAGAAGACCUUUAUUUAUUGAGGAAGUCUAAUCAAAAGGUAAAACUCCAAUUAGUAGAUGCUAACAUUCAAUGACAUAUGUGGAAUUAUCAUAAUAAAUUGUAAUUUAUGGUGGCAAAAAUGAUGAUAUCAAUACUUAAGGAUUUUUAAAUGAUUUACAUAUUCUAGAAAUCAGAAAUCUAUCAUGGACCUAUGUAGAAAUUAGAGGUCAUCCAAUAUCUGGAAGAUGUAGUCAUUCUGCUGCUGUUAUUGAUGAUAGACUAUUUAUCUUUGGAGGUGUGAACUACACAGGAUUUGUUAAAAGUGAUCUUUUAAUUAUUGAACUCAAUCNAAAGAGAUAAAAUGAAAUUUAAUUAAAGUUGCAAUUAGAUGGAAUAAAUAAAGAAUAUCAAAGAAUACAUAUUGAAACAUAAGGAGUGAAAUCAUAUCCAUCUAUCUCAACUAAAGAUCAAUUUCGUUAAUAAUAGAUUAAGAGAUAAUUAUAAAUGGGAUGUUGUUAAGAACUGGUACGUUAGGAAACUGAAUUUAUUAAAUAAUAAAUUGAACUUACAAAAUCUCGAUUAAUUAAUGAGAUCAAGAAAAUUGUUGUUUAUAUUUAUACGAAUUAAAAUAAUGGUUGGAAUCCUUCAUCAAGAGAGAGUAGUGCAAUGGUAAAUUAUAAUGAGUAACUAUAUCUCUAUGGAGGAUCAGGAGCUGGAUAUAUAAGUGAUCUUUGUUAAGCAACAUUUGAUAAAUGUAUUAUAAUUUUUAUAAUAGAAUUCUAUAAAUGGACUAUGAUAAAAUUAAAACAAUUAAUAUAAUGUAGAUCAUACCAUACAGCCAAUUUAUAUAAAAGUUAAUUGAUCAUUUUUGGUGGAAUUUAAAACUCACCACUUAAAGAAGAUAGGAUUCAUUGUGAAGUAACAAAUGAAGUUACUCAUAUUAAUUUAGUAAAUUAUGAGAUAAAGAAUGUACUACAUGCUGGUAUAGUAUCUCCAAGAAAGGCACAUAUUGCAGAAGUUGUUGGGAAAUAUCUAAUAGUUUAAGGUGGUAUAGAUUAAAAGGGUUAAUAUUUGAAUGAUUUCCUUGCCUAUGAUAUUGUAACAUUAAGAUGGUAAAAUAUAGAAAUUAAUGCUCCAAUAUUUUAAGAUGGUAUUGCAUUCCAUAAAUCUUGUUGUACUUUAGAACAUAAAUCUAUUGAUAUUUAUAAACAUGAUCCUGAUAUGACUUAUGAGAACUAAGGCAUCUAUAUCUUUGGUGGUCUAGAUUCUAAUGGACAUUAUUUAGAUAAAUUAAUAAAAAUUGAUGUUAGAAGAAGACCUUUAUUUAUUGAGGAAGUCUAAUCAAAAGGUAAAACUCCAAUUAGUAGAUGCUAACAUUCAAUGACAUAUGUGGAAUUAUCAUAAUAAAUUGUAAUUUAUGGUGGCAAAAAUGAUGAUAUCAAUACUUAAGGAUUUUUAAAUGAUUUACAUAUUCUAGAAAUCAGAAAUCUAUCAUGGACCUAUGUAGAAAUUAGAGGUCAUCCAAUAUCUGGAAGAUGUAGUCAUUCUGCUGCUGUUAUUGAUGAUAGACUAUUUAUCUUUGGAGGUGUGAACUACACAGGAUUUGUUAAAAGUGAUCUUUUAAUUAUUGAACUCAAUCAAUCUAAAGCACAAGAAUUAAGUUAAUAUGAAGCAUAAACAGAAAGAUUAUCUAAAUAAUAAACUCCUGUUUAAUAUAAACCUGCAACACCAGCUAAAAUAGUUCUCAAUCUCAAAUAAUAAAUUGAAUAAAUAAAAAAGGAUAGUGAAAAAGUCAAAUUAGCUGAUAAAUUAAAAAAAUAAAGUAUGGCUAGGCAUAGCCGUAAUUUGACAGAUAUUCAAAUUUAUAAAACCUUUGCCACUGUUACUGAUUGA